AUGCUGAUCACCAUCGUGCUGACAUCAACCUUUGUCAUUCCGCCUCUGACGCCACCGUGCCUGCAGCGCCGACGAGCGUCUGACUGCAGUCUCCGAGUCGACGAUGUGCCGGACGGAGCCACUGAUGCAGUCACCGAGAGUCGCGACUCGCUCAAGGCCGCGCUCGAGCGGGACGCCCUCAAGGGGCGUCUGCUGCGUGUCUGCGCGGCGUGCAACCGCGGCUUUGGCGCGAGUGCGCUCGACCGAGCCAGCGUCGACUCGCUGCUUGAUCGGCUUUGCCGCGUCGACCCGUGCGAGGAGCCGACUGCCGGCGUCACAGGGAGCGAUGCAGCGGAGCGAUGGGUGGGCCGCGGUCUCGAGAGCGCCGGCUGGAGCGACGGGACGGUGGCGAAUGGGCCGCUGGACGGCGUUUGGCGGCUCGUCUACACCAAUGCGACCGACGUGCUGUCUCUCGACGUGAACCCGGUCGCCGGAGUCGGGCCGAUCAGCCAGGAGAUCUCUUUGCCGGACCGCGUCGUCAACGUGAUUGAGUUUUACCCUCGCGCCCUCAGCCUCCUCCCCGCGGGAGCCCUGCCGACGACAACUCGCGUGAGGGUCGGCACGCGCGCGCGCGCUCGCUCGCCGAGCCGCGUCGGACUGACGUUCGAGACGGCGCGCGAGCUGCUCGGCAUCGACGUGUCGCGGCUGCUGCCUCAGCUCUCUCUCCCGCUGCCUCGCCUGCCGGGGAGCAAUGCGGCAGGGGCCGACUCGGACGCCUCCCCCGCCUUCUUCGACGUUCGCUUCCUCGACGGCGAGCUGCUCGUGAUUCUGCAGAACCAGCCCGGGGGAGCCUUCGUGCUCUAUGCUGAUGUGAUGGCGGCACGGGGUCGCGCUGCCUCUCUGUGA